AAAUGGGGGCGUUCGUUCUUAAGCCGUAAGGAAAUGCUCGCUUUCUAGGCCCUUCUGCUCGAAUAAUCAGCACAACCAGCAUGAUCAAUCUAGCUCGGCCGACUGUUCGAUCUCGAUAAUCCGUAUUGCAUGGUCCCGUAAUGCAUUCCGCAUGGUUGGUCAAUGGGCCCGGUCUGGUUUGCUCGUGUGCCUGGUCUUUGCUUUUUUUGUUUUCCCUCUCUCCACGGCAUGGCUGCAUAUAACACUCCUCCUCUCCCCCUGGUCGAUCGACCUGUAUAAAUCGUCCGUGGAAUCCCACUUCCUCGCGUAAACGAAAUCCAGGAAAGGAAAGAGGAUCUCUUGGCUCUUUGGGAAGAAGUAUUUAUACUUCGGUCUUCCUUUCGUUUUGUUCCUGUUCCACAGUUCCACAACCACAGCUACACUUCGAUAGCUGAACAGAAUGCGCGCCUUCAGUCUCGCCGUCGUUAACGGCGCUAUUGGCCUUGCCAAUGCUGCUUGUCCUUACAUGACCGGCGAGAUCAACACCCGCGAUACCCCCAGCAACGAUGCCGCCGCUGCCACCGAGGAGUUUCUGUCGCAGUACUACCUCAACGACAACAACACCUAUAUGACGACUGAUGUCGGCGGUCCCAUCGAAGACCAGAACAGUCUGAGUGUUGGCGAGCGUGGUCCAACUCUGCUGGAAGACUUUAUCUUCCGUCAGAAGAUCCAGCGGUUUGACCAUGAGCGGGUCCCCGAACGUGCUGUCCAUGCCCGUGGUACCGGUGCCCAUGGUACCUUCACCUCGUACGCUAACUGGGACAACAUCACCGCCGCCUCGUUCCUGGGCGGCGAGGGCAAGCAGACUCCCAUGUUUGUGCGCUUCUCAACUGUCGCUGGUAGCCGGGGUAGCGCAGACCUUGCUCGUGAUGUCCACGGUUUCGCAACUCGUUUCUACACCGACGAGGGCAACUUUGACCUGGUCGGAAACAACAUCCCCGUCUUCUUCAUCCAAGACGCUAUCCUCUUCCCCGACCUAAUUCACGCCGUCAAGCCCCGCGGCGACAACGAAAUCCCCCAAGCCGCCACCGCCCACGACAGCGCCUGGGACUUCUUCUCGCAGCAGCCCAGCGCGCUGCACACGCUCUUCUGGGCUAUGGCCGGCCACGGCAUCCCGCGUUCCUUCCGCCACGUUGACGGCUUCGGUGUGCACACGUUCCGUCUCGUUACAAACGAUGGCGACACCAAGCUCGUCAAAUUCCACUGGAAGUCGUUGCAGGGCCGCGCCAGUAUGGUCUGGGAAGAGGCGCAGCAGGUCUCUGGCAAGAACCCGGAUUUCAUUCGGCAGGAUCUGUUUGAGUCGAUUGAGAAUGGGUACUAUCCUGAGUGGGAGCUUGGUGCGCAGAUUAUGGAUGAAGAUGAUCAGUUGCGCUUUGGGUUUGAUCUGCUUGAUCCUACCAAGAUCGUUCCUGAGGAGCUUGUCCCCGUCACGCCCCUGGGUAAGAUGCAGCUCAACCGUAACCCGCGCAACUACUUUGCCGAGACCGAGCAGGCCAUGUUCCAACCCGGCCACAUCGUCCGCGGCAUCGACUUCACCGACGACCCCCUCCUCCAGGGCCGUCUCUUCUCCUACCUCGACACCCAACUCAACCGCCACGGCGGCCCCAACUUCGAACAACUCCCCAUCAACCAGCCCCGCAUCCCCAUCCACAACAACAACCGCGACGGCGCAGGUCAGAUGUUCAUCCCCCUAAACCCCGACUCCUACACCCCCGGCCCCGACACCACCAACCCCGGCGCCCCUAAACAAGCAAACCAAACCGUCGGCAAGGGCUUCUUCACAGCUCCCAACCGGAACCCCGGCGGAACACUCCAGCGUACUGUGAGCAGCACAUUCAGCGACAACUGGUCGCAGCCACGCCUCUUCUACAACUCCCUCGACCCCGUCGAGCAGCAAUUCAUCGUCGACGCAAUGCGCUUCGAGAACUCGAACGUCAAGUCCGAAGUCGUCCGCAACAACGUCAUCAUCCAACUUAACCGCGUCUCCAACGAUCUCGCUCGCCGCGUCGCCCGCGCUAUCGGCAUCGAAGAACCCUCCCCCGACCCAACCUUCUACCACAACAACAAGACAACCAACGUGGGAACCUUCGGUGGCAAGCUGCAGAAGCUCGAGGGUUUGAAGAUCGGCUACCUCGCAUCCGUGGACAACAAGGAUUCCCUGUCUGAAGCCGCCACGCUCAGCAAGAGCCUUUCCCAGAACGGCGUUGAAGUCGUCGUCGUCGCCGAACGUCUCACCGAUGGCGUCGACCAGACAUACUCUGGCUCCGAUGCUAUCCAGUUCGAUGCAGUGGUUGUUGCAAGUGGCGCAGAGAGCCUGUUCAGCCCUGCUAGCUUGACUGGCGGUGGUGCGAAGAAUGCGACUGCUGGUGCUGCUUCGACGCUCUUCCCCGCUGGUCGGCCGUUGGAAAUCCUAAUUGAUGGAUUCCGCUUCGGUAAGCCUGUUGCUGCGCUUGGUAGUGCGACUACUGCGCUGCGGGGUGCUAGUAUUGCUUCGAGCCGGGAGGGUGUGUAUGUUGCCAAGUCUGCUGGUGACAUUGUGGACCAGAUUAAGGAGGGCUUGAGGACGUUCAGAUUCCUUGACAGAUUUGCUGUUGACAAUUAAGCCGUCCCAGCUAUGGUUCAGGUGGAAGAUGAUUGCAGGAUUCCUGCUUAAUAUUAGCACCAACGACUUUCUUUUUGUUUGCUUCGGUUGUUGAUAUUGUACUGUACUAUUUGCAUCAUGAUGUACCAGAAUGACCUGUAUAUGUAUUCAAUGAAUCAGUAAUUAUUAUCAGUUCAGGUCGAUAUGCAUUUACCCAAGAUUCAAGAGAACAGGAAGAUAGUUAUAUAAACCAAACGCUUUCGUAUUUGUAUGCUAAACCAAAACAGGCUAGUCCAUAUAUACAUGUGAGAAUCCACGAGUGUCACAGUAAUGAUACUAUUCUACUCCAUAAAAAUAAUCAACCCCGGCCGACUUGCCUCUGUCCCGCGAAACCCCCGCUCGACAAAGCAGCAGCAUCCCUUAUACUGAUUUGCCUCUUGCUUUUGUCGUCGGAAGACACGGCAGCCGAGUCACGGCCAUCAGCAAGGAUAGCCCAUUCAGCCACCGUAGCGCCAAC